ACUUAAAAAAGAAAUCAAAAGUUCUUUUUUUCCUCCCUCAAAAUUUAUUCAGAAGACAAUAUAAAUGGCUUUGGUGAGAGGUCUAAUGGGUGGGAAGAAGAUCCAAAAGAGAGUACCAAAGGGAUACAUUGCAGUAUACGUCGGCGAGGGAGAGAAGACGAGAUAUUUGGUGCCUCUUUCGUACUUGGAUCAGCCUUCCUUUCAACAACUGCUUCGUAAAUCCGAAGAGGAGUUUGGUUUCAGCCAUCCGAUGGGCGGACUAACAAUCCCUUGUCCCGAGCAUGUUUUCGUCGCCUUAACUUCUCGGCUCCAUUGACGAGAAAACACCAACGCAUUUUUGUCUCAGUGUAGCGAUUGAGUUUUUUCUCCAUGUAUAUACACACAAACAGUUUUCUCCUCUUUCUUCUUGAUAGAAAGUUAGUAUUGUUUUCAUACAUGUAAAUGUAUCUCUACCCAAAAUUUGGAUUCUCAGUGAUUAGGUAGAAAAAUAUGUCAGAAAUAAAAAAAAUAU